CUGCUUGCGAGGGCGGCCCUCGCGGAAGGCCGUGGCGGCGCCGACAGUGGCGGCCCAGCGGUCCCCGGUGAGGGAGAGGUCGUAGUUGCGGCGGCGGACGGGAUCAGAGAGCACCUCGUAGGCCUCGCGCGCCUCCAUGAAGCGCUCAGCGUAUCGGCGCUCCUCCCCCGCGGAGCGGCACGCGUCCGGGUGCCACAGCAGGGCCAGCCGACGGUACGCGCUCCGGAUCUCGUUGGCCCCCGCGGUGUUGGACACGGAGAGCAGGUCGUACAUGGUGGUGGUCGGCGCCGGAGCGCUGACCACUGCUGCGGAGGCGGAGAUGGAGAAGCUGCGCCUGAGCCGAGGAGUCCAAUCUGCUCAUCUCGAUUGUUUCCUUGCCGAGCAGCGAGCAAAUCAAUCAUGUUUUCGCUCGCUUCUCCCGUCUCCCCCGCCGUCGCCCCCAGCCCCAGGACUCCUCGGCUCAGGCGCACCUUCUCCAUCUCCGCUUCCGCCGCGGUGGUCAGCGCUCCGGCGCCGACCACCACUAUGUACGACCUGCUCUCCGUGGCCAACACCGCCGGGGCCAACGAGAUCCGGAGCGCGUACCGGCGGCUGGCCCUGCUGUGGCACCCGGACUCGUGCCGCUCAGCGGGGGACGAGCGCCGCUACGCGGAGCGCUUCAUGGAGGCGCGCGAGGCCUACGAGGUGCUCUCCGACCCCGUCCGCCGUCGCAACUACGACCUCUCCCUCUCCGGGGACCGCUGGGCCUCCGCUGUCGGCGCCGCCACGGCCUUCCGCGAGGGCCGCCCUCGCAAGCAGGAGGCCGGCGUCACUGCGUUCGGGAACUGGGACAUGCAGCUCGACGGACUCGGGAGGAGGUCCGCCGUGGCGGACACCGGCGAUGAGACCUGGGGCGGCCGCUUGCGCCGCGCCCGCCGCGCCCGCUCCGCCGAGCAGUGCGUUUGAUGCUUGGAUUUUGGGAUAAAUCGGACGGCUAUGAUCGUCCAAGUGUGGUUUAGAUCAUUAUCGUGUUUUGUAAAUGAACGAUCAAGAUCUACGUACCUACAAGUGUGUUAAACUAUGUGAUCGUGUGUAUCAUCAAUAAAUAAUUUAGCCACUCAUAAAAA